UUCUUCACUUUGCUAGCUAGCUCAAUCACAAUGGGUAAGCUCGUGGCUCUUAGCUUUGUUGUCCUCCUAAGCAUUGGAUUAGCCAAUGCUAGCAGGGUAGCUAGAUAUGCUAGUGCUGGGGGUGGCGGUAGUGGAGAGGGAGGCGGCGGCGGAUCAGCUGGUGGUUCCGGCUGGGGUUCUGGCUCGGGCUCAGGAUAUGGCCAAGCAGGUGGUGAUGGAUCAUAUGCUAGUGGCGGUGGAGGUGGAGGCGGAGGAGGUGGUGGAGAAAACGGUGGAUCUGGAUAUGGUUCUGGGUCUGGAUCUGGGUAUGGACAAGCUGGUGGGUCUGGACCAUAUGGUGGAGGGUAUGCACAAGGAGGUGGUGGUGGUCAAGGUGGAGGUGGAGGGCAAAAUGGUGGAUCUGGAUAUGGUUCUGGCUCUGGGUCUGGAUAUGGUCAAGCCGGAGGGUACGGACCGUAUGGCGGUGGGUAUACUCAGGCUGGUGGCCAAGGUGGUGGCGGCGGUGGUGGACAGAAUGGAUAUGGCAGUGGCUCAGGAAGUGGGUCUGGAAGUGCCUAUGGUGGGCAGCCAUAGAAGUGCCUCGUCUCAAAAACAUAGCACCAAUAC